UCUGCUGCAAGAAUUCAACAAGAACAAGAAGAGCUCGGAAACAACCCCGUGGACGUUCGUAUCUCCGAUCCAUUGGUACGAUCACAUUAUAAUGAUGGUGAUGAAUUUGAUGAAUUUGAUGAUGAUGAUGAUGAAGAUGAAUAUGAUGAUGAUGAUGAUGAAGAUUUUGAUGUUGAUGCGGCAGAACGUGAUGAUAAUUAAGAUCUUUGCUUGUUAUAUGUUCAGAAUAACCUGUUAUAGACUAUUGUUGCUAGUUCAUCACACUAUGUUUUUCAUAAAUAUAAAUGUAUUACCACUAAAUUAUCGGUUUCAAGCAACAUGUGGCUUCCAAGGAGGUGUGAUCUCUUUUAUAUUGUAACAUAUUUUUGAGUUGAUACAAUCUUUAGUAACAUUACUCAGUUGGGCA